AUGGCCGCCGCAGAGACGCGCAGGCUGCUUGAGCAGCUUAUGGGCGAACAGCUCAUGAGCGGAACCGACCAGCGCGCGCCCCAACUCAGCAUCACCGACCCCAAAGUUUGUCGCUCAUAUCUCGUAGGCAACUGCCCCCAUGAUCUCUUCACCAACACCAAGAACGAACUGGGUCCCUGUUCCAAGGUCCACAACGAGGCGCUCAAGACGGAGUACCAGGAGGCAGACGCGGACCAGAAGCGCAGGUGGGGCUUCGAGUUUGAUUACAUGCGCGAUAUGCAGCAUCACAUUGACAGCUGCAACCGCAAGAUAGACACUGCCCAGCGUCGCUUGGAGAAGACGCCUGAAGAGAUACGGCAAACCAAUGCUCUCCUCAAAGCGAUAAAUGAACUUACCAAAUCCAUCGAUGCCGGCAUGCUCGAGAUCCAGAUCAUGGGCGAAGAAGGUAUGGUCAACAUGGCCGUACAAGAGUUCACCAAAGUCCGCUACAAGAAAGCCGAGAAAGAGGAGCGCGAGAGGGAGCUUCGGGCUCUGUCAGAUACUGGAGGACCAUCCGGUCAUCAGAAGCUCCAAGUCUGCGACGUUUGCGGUGCGUAUCUCAGCCGUCUUGAUAAUGAUCGGCGUCUAGCAGACCAUUUCUACGGCAAGAUGCAUCUUGGCUACGCUCAAAUGCGCAAGUCCUACGAAAGCCUAACCAAGGAGCUCAAGGACCGCGCGCCACCGAGCCGCAACAACUACUCUUCCUCGGGCGGCGACAUGGACCGAGGCGGUGGUGGAGGCUGGGGAGGAGGCGGAUAUGGCGGUGGCGGCUUCCGUGGCGGACGAGGAGGCCGCCGUGGUGGCAGGAGAGGCGGCGGCUGGUAA